AUGAAUCAUUUUGGGGGUUUGGUGAUGACGCUCAACCAUGGGCUGAUCAACUCGUUUUCUCCCUUGACCUCUGGAGGGAACAAGUGGCAAAAGAUAAGUCAUCCUGAAAACAUAACUGAGAUACUUAAACAGGUCUACAAAGACCAUUCCACUGAUGUGGAUAAACUAUUCUCACGUAUUGUGGAGAUCACGCAGCACCCGGCUGCUUCUGCCUCCUUUGCGUCAAUCAUGUUUGCUCCUGGUGGAGAGCUAUCUUUCUCUGAAGCUUUAUCUAGGUGUAAGAAAAACAAUGUUCAGAUAUGUCUAAUGUAUGGAAAAAAAGAUCCAUGGGUGGGACCAAUAUGGAGAAAGAAGAUAAAGAAGGAAUUGCCCAACGCUCCAUACUAUGAGAUCAACCCAGCGGGUCACUGCCCACACGAUGAAGUCCCUGAGGGUAAGCGUUUGAAUCCUCUGAGCUUGAAAGAGCUGCAACACCUUGAGAAGCAACUAAAUUUCUCCCCAGUAUCUGUGAGAGAGCGAAAGAUAAAGGUUAUAGGAUUUCAGGAACUAAUGUUGACUAAACAACUUGAGGAAUCUCGGCUGAAGGAACAGCGAGCAGAGCUGGAAAAUGAGACCUUACGUAGACAGGUGAGUGCAACCACUCUUUUAUCAUUUGUGUUGAAUUGUCUCCUAUCACAUGAUAUUUCUUUCUCCGACUUCUAA